AUGGCCACGGCAUCUCCAAAAGGCAAAAAGGCUCGUGCCCGCCUCAACAGCCGAAUCCGGAUCUUUGCCAUUUUAUGGUUUGUCUUGGUGGCAGUCACACUGGUCUGCCUGGUAUUCCUGUUUCGCAAUGUCAUGAAUUAUUCCUCGGCCGAUGAACCUCCGAGUAGUGGCGGUCUGUUGUUUAGCAUCCAUGCUGGCAAGAAGGGAGACUUUGUUCGACAUUACGUGCACGAUUUAAUGUCCAAAAACAAUAAGGAUCCCGCACGGCAGGCCAGUGAAGUAGUUGACAACAAUCCACAACAAGCUAAUAGCAACAAUCUCGUUGGUGCAACUCUACCAAGACCCAAUCCCGAAGAAGCCGUUACGGUCGCAUAUGCCGUGUCGGUUACUGGCUGUGGAGCGGAUCCCUUGACCGAAGGAGCUGCCGUUCUCAAACACUCGAUCCAUCGAGCAUCGAUUCGGGGAGACAUGGGUGGACGCUACAAUUACAAAAUGUAUGCCAUUUAUCAUCCCAAAGCCAUUGCUUGUGCUAAAACAUUGGAAGCACUGGGAUAUGAAUUGCUGGAACGAGAAACCUUUGUAAAAGUGUCGGAAAUUCAAGGAGAAUUCCUGCGAAACAAUAUUGAAAAGAAUGGUUGUUGUGGAGAAAAGGAGUUCAUCAAGUUGGAAGCCUACACGUUGAUACAGCAUCCCAUUGUGGUUCAUUUGGAUCUGGAUGUGCUAGUGCUGAGACCACUCGACAAUUUAUUUGAUGUCAUGAUGGCGAGUGAACACAACAAAGGGGCCGAUGUUCCUUUGGAUUUGAGCCAUAUCGAACCCAUGUAUCCGCCCAAAGACGGAGGGCUGGUACCGCACCAAGUCAAUGCCUUCUUUACUCGUGAUUACAACAUGGUCAGUUCCAAGAAAAAGUACAAACCGGUACAAGGUGGCUUUCUGGUGCUUCGUCCAUCCAUGGAUGUGUACAAUGAAUUCAAAUCAAUUGCACUAAAAGGAGACUUUCGAUCCAGUGGUGGAUGGGGUGGCAUUGUUGGUCCCUUUUAUGGAGCCAUGACAUUCCAAGGGAUCAUGCCAUACUUCUAUGAUGUUCUUCAUCCCGGGCAAGCUGUGGAACUGAAUCGAUGUGUAGUGAAUAACAUGGCCGACAAUCCACGCGACAAGAAAACAGUGAAUGAUGUUGUGCAUGGAAAUUGUCGAACUGGAAAAGAUGAAUGCGAAGAUUGCCGCACCAGGGACAUUGAACAAGUGCUGACAACCCACUACACUCUGUGUCAAAAACCUUGGAUCUGUAUCCCACACGAUCAGAACAUGAUUCAACAUCGAUUAUGCCGCAAACUACACCAUGAAUGGUUUAGAAUACGAUCCGAGUUGGAAGCGUCCUGGGGACGCUCCGGCAGCGGUGCAGGGGAAUGGCAGAAAGACCAAUUCAUGGGCUAUUGUAAGCAACCAGGAAACAAGGGAUAUUUACCCAUUGCCACCCCGUAUGGAGUAGCAGCGUAG